AUGUCGCCUGCCCGAGCCUUACCUACAGUUGAGACUGUUCCUGAGGCCCGGGACGCAGGCCCAGCGGCCAUUGGCGAGCAACAGGAGCAGGCGGAGGCGGCGCGGGACCGUCACGACUCCGAGGAUAUGGUCUGUGGGAAUAGCGGGCUGCCCUCAAUUAAGGACGACUACCCAAGCAGGAGGCAUCAGAGCGGCUCACCACAGCUUCAUCCUCUUCUGAAGGCGCGCCCGAGGAGCAGAGACCGGCGCAGAAGCAGUGCAAUACCCGUCGCAAGGUCAGAGCUGCACCGACGUGCCUCGGCCGACUUCUCAUGGCAUGGAUUUGAGGAAAACCAACUCGGCUCAAGUGGCUCAGAUCUCGACCCGCGAGGCUCAGCAUCACGACGGCUAACAAGGCAGCCGAAGCGCGCUCGACUGUCUUUCCCAUCCGCAUUCUCUGGUUUGACGCUGCCCGCAACCAGAACCAGUGCUUAUGGCAGCUCAAGCAGUGAUGAUUCGACGCCCAAAACGACAUCAUUAGCCGGGAUGGCUCCUGAGUCGCAGCUUGCAGCAGCUGACCAAGGCGCCGCCGUCAAGGUUGGAGCUCCCUCUAUCCCGGACUUCCUCAACUCCCUGGACGAGGAUACGCCCACCGUGGCAGUCGACGGUAAAGAGCAAAGCAUCCCGGAGACUGCGUCAUGGAACGCCACCACCACCGAUGGCAAGGCGUCCCCAAGCGCCCAAAGCGCGUCUUCGUCAUCCUCUACCACAUCAGACAGUCCGUAUAGCGAUUUGUCCUCAGAGAGGACGACAGACACCGAACGAAGCUCCAGCCCGGAGAGGAGCGUGGAGGGGGACGAGACACCGGUGGCUCCCGUCACCAACUUGGCCGAGACGGGUCUGCACGCGGCAGGAAAGCGCCGUAGCAGCCUCUUCGACGUGGAUCGGUAUGGCACACCCGAGAUGCCACGAGGAACGGCCAAUCUGCCACACAUCCCAGUCAGCGUCUUGACCCCGCGCGUACCAAAUCAAGGCCACCCAAAGCAUCUACCACGGGCUGAGAAAUUGCCACUCUCUGGCUAUGAGUUGCUCGCAUCGCGGAUCUCGGCGUCGUCUUCGCCAGGGGCUCGGAGCCACCCCGGCUCUGACACAUCCUCAUCGACCGCUACGCCACGAGACCACAUCCCGAGACGCCACAGCAGUGCCAGCAAUAUGGCUUACCGGAGCAGUUUACUAGAGGCGGAGCCCACCAUCCAGCCCAUCUACAGGAGGUUCAAGGCUAUGAACCACCGCUUAUUACUUCACCUGCAGGAUGAACUGAGCGAGUUGGAGGAGCAAUUACACAGACUAGACACGACAGAUACCCAGACGAGAAGACUGCAGAACCGUAUACUACCAGCAAGCAGGCGAGCAGAGGCCCUGGCUGGGGGAGAGCUUCAGUCACACAAGACCGACAUCCUGGCCAAGAUUGGGUUCAAGCUAGGCCAGUACAACCAUGCGCUAUCUUCAUACACAGCCACACGGGACAUCCCAUCACCGUCUCCCUCUGACAUUCAUGAGUAUCGCCGCUACCUCGCCACACAUCAACCAGUCACAGAAGUCGAAGCGCGCUUCCUUGACUCCAGCGAUGACCUUGUCACCCUCGCCCCACCAACCUCAUCACCCCCAAGCCGUGCCCCAAGCCCAUCAGCCAGCGGCACGACUGCAGCAGCGCGAGCGCGGGACCACUACUACCAAACCCUAAAGACCCUCGAAGCCGAAGCCGAGCCCGCAUCCGGGUCCGGGUCCGGUGCCGAGCCAGAGCCGGCAUCCCCGAUCCCCAUCCCUGGCACCAUGCACGGCAACUCGUGGCGCACCAACCGCGGCCACCUCCGCGGCAGCAGCAUGAGCCACAGUCCCAGCCCCGGUCUAGCCCCGCUGCCGACCCCGAGACUGUCGCGGCCGCGCUCGAGCUCCGAGGCCAUCUCGCCCCGGGCGGGCACCCCGGUCGCCGGUGGCAAGGCGGAUGCCGCCGCCGCCACCGUCCCAACCAUCACGGUUGAUCAUGCCAAGCUCGCACCGGGCCCCUGGGAGGCGGAGCUUACGCCCGCGCCCGCGCCCGCGCCUACGGUGGGCUCCUCGUCGGUAAUGCACGUGGCCAUCGCGUUGGCCGUGGCGGUCCUGCUGCCGAUCCUCGCGUUUCCUGUCGUCCCUGGCUUUGUGGGCCGCCUGAUCGUCGUAUGUCUGGUGGUACACCGCAAGAAACGUCCCGAGAGAAUCUUCAUCUAUUCCUGUGCAAAGAUGGCUUCGCCCUCUUCCACGGCCCACGACUGGGUCACCGUGGACCAAGCUGAGAUUGAAAAGAUCGACCGUGCACUCCGAAUCCCUGGCUUUUACUUCCAGCCAGGCAAGUUCGUCAUUGGAAGAAAGAGAGCAUACAUGAUGAUUGCGCUGGGGGCUUUGGACAUUCGCCGCAAUUGCGCUGGCAAGCAACCUCUUGUCGUUCAACGUCUCUGUACCAUCUUCCAGGCCAUUCUUGACAAAGAUGUCAUUGUCAUCGAUAUCAACCAAGAUGCCUUCUACGAAACUGCCCUCGCCAAAAUCUCAAUGAAGCACCCCGAGAUCUCACAGCACCUGUCCGCCUCGUCCCUCCGUUACAUUGUCGAGCACUACCGCCAUGCGUUCUAUCAUGGCCAGAAGAAACAGAACCGCGACGUGCCCACCGAGGCCACGGGUCCUACUGAGCGCGCGACGCACACGAGCGCCCGCGCCAAACUGAUUGAGCUCGUGGGAGAUUGGUCGCGGGCACAGAGCAUGGCGUGGCGCGACAAAGACGAGCAGGCCAAGAAAAAGCUGCCCGUCGAGGCGAGACCCGAGUCCAUGGGAAACGUCUUCCUGCGUUUGAGGCAAGACUGCAAGGAGCUUCAGGUCAACAUCAAGCAGCACGAGGAGGGAAACACCGCUUUAGAGCAGCAGAAAGCCAUUCUAGAACAGGAGAACGCCGCUCUAGAGCGUGAGAACGCCGCUCUAGAGCAGGAGAGCGCCGUUCUAGAGCAGGAGAACGCUCGGCUGAAGAAGAUGAGGGUCAAGGCGCAGAACCAGUUGAGGGAGCAGGCUGAUCGCCACAAGGCGCAAAUUGAGCAGCUCGACGCGCGCAGCGACCGAAUGCGAGACAGGAUUGUUGACAUGGACGAUGAAAUCGCCAGCCUGAGGCGCCAGCUGGACACCGACGGGGACAACAGCCCUUGGCGCCCUGUCCGCGACCGACCUGAGUACCGUGGCAUGUUCCCUCCGGAUGGUCCCAGAUUCCCUGGCUACUGA